UAAAACUUAGUAAUCUAAUUGUAUUAAUAAUACAUUGUAAUAUACCACUUUUAAGUCGUUGAAAACCGUACGACUUCAGUUUCAAUUUGCAAUAUUAUAGUUUUUUUUUAAAUCUAACAUGACUGAUCAGAAUAAUGAUCAGCUUGGCGUUUUGUUUGUGUGCUUGGGAAAUAUAUGCCGUUCCACAAUGGCUGAAGCUGUAUUCAAAGAUAUAGCUCAUGAAAAAGGCUUUCACAACAGGUGGUUUGUUGAUAGUGCUGGAACUUCAAGUUAUAAUAUAGGUUGUCCGCCAGAUGAACGAACCUUGACGGUACUCGGGAAGUUCAAGAUUAACAAUUACCGACAUGUCGCCCGACAGGUAAAGCCAGAGGAUUUUCAAAAAUACGACUUCAUACUUGGUAUGGAUAAAGAAAAUAUCAAAAAAUUAAAUUCAAUGAAGCCUAAAAAUUGUAAAGCAAAAGUCGAACUGUUUGGGUCCUAUGAUCCGGAAGGAGGUGAUAUCAUUGAAGAUCCAUACUAUGAACGCGGUAUGGAUGCAUUUAUAAAUGUGUAUAAACAAUGUCGGAGAGCGAGUAUUGCGUUUAUAAAUAAAUACACAGUUGUUUAAUCAUGUGUUGAUUUUUGGACAUAUAACCAAUAAAACACAAAUAAAUAUAUAAUAAAUUGUUUAUACAUGUAAUAAAAAAAAUAAUAAUAAUAGUAAUAAAUAAUUGAAAUUUG